CAUGACCACAGGUUUUGGAGAUGUCAGUGACAUUGAGCAGCAUGUCAGGGGUGUUUAAAGAAGAUAGUGUGAAUCUGAUGGCUUCUGACAAUAGAUCGAAGUACGGAUGGCGAUCUCAAAUUUCAGUGUGGUGGAUUGGAGCUGCUGCAGUGUGUCUGGGGUUUCUUCUGCUGUUUGUGAUCUUAGGCGUGGUGGCACACAAUUCCAGAACUAUCGGCCAUCAGGACUCAAAGUGUUUAACCCUGAUCUACAGCCUGACUAUAGACAGAAAUACUCUGAGAGAUGAGCGGGAUCAACUGAAGAUUAAUUCCAGCAACCUGACAAAAGAAAUGGAGGUGCUGCAGAGCCAAUACAACGCUAUGGCUGUGAGUCGAGAUAACCUACAAGAGGAGAUCCACAGGUUAAAUCUCAGCAGAACAGAUAAACCUUGCUACCAAGGAUGGAAAUCAUUCAGAGACAAGUGCUACUAUUUCUCUCCUACGGGAGUGACUAAAACCUGGGAAAGCAGCAGAAAAGACUGUAAAGAGAGAAGAGCGGACCUGGUGAUCAUAACCACAACAGAAGAGCUGGAUUUUGUCAGCAGAACUUAUGAAAUUACCUGGAUCGGUCUGUCUGACAAGGAGCAAGAGAACAAGUGGAAGUGGGUGGAUGGGACUAAUCUGUUAAGUGACGAAUUCUGGCAAAAAGGGGAGCCCAAUAACAAUAACAACGAGGACUGUGCCGAGGUCUCACGUACAGCUAAGAAAUUUAAUGACGUGCCUUGUGCAAGAACAUUUUCAUGGGUCUGUGAAGAUUAAGGUCCUGUGGGCAUUUGUUGGUAUUUUAGCUGAUGACAUUAAGUCCCCAACAUUUUUUUUAACUGAUUAUUAUUACUCUUACUGGUCUGGAAAUAAAUACUGUUUCAUUGGUGUCAAAUAUACUGUUAAUUCAGAGUAAAUUUUUCUUUAAUGAAAUCAAAAGCUCAAAAAUACAAAUAAAGAUGAUUUAUCGAUUUUUAAAAAAGACACUGAAUUAAUUUUCUUUUAUCUACACAUCACUUUUUCAUAUUGUGUUCCUGCUUUCAGUAAUUAUCAAUAAUUCAGGUGAAAAGUGUAAUGCACAUUGUUUUCUUCUUAAUGUUUCUUCCACUGAUUUUAAAAUGAACAAUAAAAACCCUGAAAAUGA